UGUAGACUGUGCCGACAUCUAGAAACAGCUGUUCGUCAACACCCCUAACGCCCCCCAGUCGUUCUCGACCGUCAUGGCCGCUUCCAGGUUGACAAAGCCGUCGAAGAUGACAUUUGUUAGAUGAAAAAGUAUUAAUGAGCGAGUAUACGAGUAUCGCUUGUUCGAACCAAGAUCAGCAGCGAGGAUUACACAAUUAGAGUUUAUACCUUUCUUCUUACAUCCGUACUUUACAUAAUGACGGUCGUGUAAUUUUAUAACUCGCUCGCGCGAAUGUUCUCCUACGCCUUUCACUUUGUGCAAAUAGUACUCAGCAAUUUAAUUAAAACUCUAUCCGAACCGAUACGAUUGCGUCCACGAGAGAUGAAACAAUGAUGCCGAUAAAGGACAAUCAAGAUGUAGCAUGCUUUUUAGUUACCAAGCAUUCUACAUGGAAAGGAAAGUACAAGCGUAUCUUCUCCAUUGGCUCUAUGGGAAUAACCACAUAUAAUCCUGGCACAUUAGAAGUGACAAACAAAUGGGAAUAUCCUGAUUUUAUAAAUGUACAGCCAAUAAAUAGAAAUCAGUUAGGUUCUCAUGAAUUUACUAUAACUGUGCGCAAGGAGCGAAAAAAUGAGACCAUGAAGUUUAGCUCUGAACAUAGAUCACACUUAUUGACAGAAGCACUUAAAUACAGAAACCAUGUUGAAAAAUCUAAAGAAAUUUUGAGAUAUCCAGCUUAUAAACAUCAUUGGUCUGAUACAAGAUUACCUAUUGUAUUAGAAAUAACACCAUACAGUCUCGAUCAAUUAGAUCCUGCGACAAACAUGGUAUUAGCUAGUUAUUGUUAUAAAGAUUUUGAAGGGCUCCUGACAAUGAAAGAUUAUCCCAAUGGAUUUGUGAUUGUAUGCGGCGGAUUUGGACGCCUGCAUCUGUUCGCUUCUAAACAUAUGGAAGAGAUAAAAAAGAAAUUGCAAGAGGCUGCAUUAAAUAGCUUGGGCAUUAAUAUAAAAAUGUUGAAGGAGCCUAUAAGACUCGAUGACUUUAUUGCUCAAAGAUUAGGAAAAUUUAGCGGUGAUGAGCACAUAACGAGCGUAUCAGAAUUUACUGUCCACAAGAUCUCUUCCAGGCAUUUGGAUCCUCAGAGAAGAACACUUUGUCUCUCGGAUACUUGCCUGUUGGAAAGAGAUCCUCAAACGUACAAUAUUUGUACUCUCAGGCCGUUGUCGGACAUUUUUACUUUGAUUCGUGAUAAUGAUAAUCCUCAAUUGUUUACUAUACAAUACCUCAACGGUCAGAUGCGCAGUUAUACCGCGACAAAUAGAGAUUCCUUAUUAGCAUCUUUACUGGACGGUGUAAGAGCAUCCGGCAAUAGAGAUGUCCACGUGAAGAUGUAUCCUAUAGCCAGAGGUAAAAGACUCGGCCCUUUCAAUCUACCCGUUGACGAAGAAGUCGAAACGACGCAUGUUAAAUUCCUUCAGCAACCACCUGGAGGACGUACAUUUGCUGAAAUUUUGGAGAGAUUUAACGCAAAUGUACCGUACAGCGGGCUUAAUUACUCCAUUACGCAGGAUGGAAUUUUUACUGAAAACAAAGACAAGAUUAUUCUCGGAGCUUUGAAUACUUUGAUAAAUAAAGAUCUCGAGACGAAUAGCGAGAUUGAAGCACAAUUUCACGCACUGCGAAGACUGGUGGCUAGCAAAAUCGGUUUCGCUGCAUUUACCACACUUUCUGGUUUUAGAGAAACCGUUGGUACAAAGGUCGUGAAGGCUUUAAAGAGACAAAAUUGUGGUGUAACGCAAGCUGCCAUAGAUUGUAUUUGCGCUCUAAUGCAACCAAUGCAUGAUGAUUGCGAUUUAAGACAGGAACAAUUGAACAAAAGUAGUCUGCUCAGCAGUAAUAAAUUUUUAGAAAGUUUACUCGAAAUGUGGGUUAAUCACAUUAAUCGUGGCACAGGUGCACUGGUGGUCUCUGCUAUGCUCGAUCUUUUGACAUUUGCCCUGUGUGUACCGUACAGUGAAACCACUGAUGGCAAACAUUUUGACAAUCUUUUAGAAAUGGUUGCUACAAGAGGUAGAUCUUUGUUUAAAUUGUUUCAACAUCCUUCACUGGCUAUAGUAAAAGGUGCUGGACUGAUAAUGCGAGCAAUCAUUGAAGAGGGUGCACCAGAAGUAGCGGCAAAAAUGCAAGAACUGGCACUUGCAGAAGGAGCUCUACCAAGACAUUUAUUAAACAGUUUAUUUACUGUCGGUAGUGAUGGCAGACUAUUAACCCAUCGACAAUUGUGUCGGCAUUUAGUAGGUCUAUGGGUCACAGGACAUCCUACGGCUAUGGGAUUAUUGAAACGAAUUAUGCCGGUGGGUUUGUUGAAUUAUUUGGACUCCGAUGAAAAAGUACCGGAUUCAUUCCUAGAAGAAGAGAGAUUAAACAAUCGUGACAAUUUAAAGAUAGCUAUAGAUCAUGCUUCAAGAAAUAAAAAGAGUCCACAAUGGAUCGCUAUCGAACGUCAGAUGCGAGUAGUUGAGAAGCAUGUAGAGAAUGCUCUGCAACAUUGGGGUGCUCGUAUUGGAAUAGAACGCAGAGAAAAGAUUAAAGAGCGUCCGAUAGUUCUAAGAAAACGUAGAGAACGAAUUAAAUCUGAAGCGAAUUGGAAAUUAUUCUAUUAUAAAUUUAAUCAAGAUCAUGCACUGCCAAAUUUAAUUUGGAAUCACAAAACGAGAGAGGAAUUAAGAAUAGCAUUAGAAAAUGAGAUACGUGCAUUUAGCUCGGAUAAAGACUUGGCCGGUGGAACUUUGAUUGCGUGGAAUCAUAGAGAGUUUGAGGUGCAGUAUCAAUGUCUUUCGGAUGAAGUUAAAAUUGGAGAUUAUUACUUGAGGCUUUUAUUGGAAAAAGAUAGUCCGGACAGCCCUAUAAGAAAAUCAUACGAAUUUUUUAAUGAUUUAUAUCAUAGAUUUUUAUUGACUGCGAAAAUCGAAAUGAAGUGCCUUUGCUUGCAAGCAAUGACGAUUGUAUAUGGUCGAUAUUACGAGGACAUUGGCCCAUUCUCAGACACGAAAUACAUUCUGGGAAUGUUGGAGCGUUGCGCGGACAGAACGGAGCGCGAUAGGCUAGUCAUGUUCAUAAAUAAGCUCAUAUUGCAUAGGCGAAAUGUCAAAGAUAUAAUGGAUCAGAAUGGUGUACGAACUUUAGUCGAUUUAUUGACUUUGGCACAUUUACAUACUUCCCGAGCUGUCGUACCGACGCAAACCAAUGUGAUAGAGGCAGGUCCGCAGCAGGAGCGAAUGGAAAAGGAAUGGUAUUACAACAAUGGGGAUCAACGUGAAGGUCCGAUGAGUCUGAAAGACCUGAAAGAAUUGUACACCUCAAAUCACGUGACUCACAAAACGAAAGUUUGGGCACAGGGAUUAGACGGAUGGAAAACGAUUUCACAAGUGCCACAAUUGAAGUGGAGUCUUGUUGCAAAGGGAACUCCCGUGAUAAAUGAAAGUGAACUGGCUAAUUUAAUCCUAAACAUUUUAAUCAAGAUGUGCGAAUAUUUUCCAAGUAGAGACGCCGAUGAUGCGGUAAUCAGGCCUUUACCACGUGUAAAGCGAUUGCUAUCCGAUCUUCAAUAUCUGCCACAUAUCGUACAGCUCUUGCUAACGUUUGAUCCAAUCCUAGUUGAAAGAGUUGCUACAUUGUUGUGUGAGGUGAUGCGAGAUAAUGCAGAAGUGUCAAAAAUUUAUCUCACCGGCGUAUUUUACUUUAUCUUAAUGUACACUGGUUCUAACGUCUUGCCAAUCGCCAGGUUUUUACAACUCACACACACCAAACAAGCCUUUAGGAACGACGACAACGCUUGCUCUGACAUCAUGCAACGAAGUAUUCUCGGUCAACUAUUGCCCGACGCAAUGGUGAGUUAUUUAGAGAAUCACGGAGCAGAGAAAUUUGCGCAAAUAUUCCUUGGAGAUUACGACACACCGGAAGCAAUUUGGAAUGCAGAAAUGCGCCGGAUGCUUAUCGAGAAAAUUGCUGCGCAUAUUGCGGAUUUUACUCCCAAAUUACGAAGUCAUACUAUGGCCAGGUAUCAGUACAUCGCUAUACCUGCCGUCAGAUAUCCACAAUUGGAAAAUGAAUUGUUCUGCCAGAUAUUCUAUCUCAAACAUCUCUGCGAUACCGUUAAAUUUCCACAAUGGCCUAUCCCGGAACCUGUGCAAUUAUUAAAAGAUGUAUUGGACGCGUGGAAAAGAGAGGUAGAGAAAAAGCCACCUCUAAUGACUCUGGAGGAAGCUUAUAAGCAGCUUGGCUUAGCUAGUGGAAAACACCAUGACGAAGCGAUCGUAAGAAAGUCAUUUUAUAAAUUGGCUCAAAUGUAUCAUCCUGACAAGAAUCCUGAAGGCAGGGACAAGUUCGAAGCUGUUAGCCAGGCAUACGAAUUUCUAUGCAGUCGCAGUUGUUGGUCGACAACUGGCCCUAAUCCUGACAACAUCGUUUUGAUUCUAAGGACUCAGAGCAUCCUUUUCCACAGAUAUACAGAUGGGCUUAGACCUUACAAAUACGCUGGUUAUCCUCAGCUGAUCAAAACGAUUAAGCUAGAAACGGAUGACGAACGAUUAUUUUCAAAGUCCGCACCAUUGUUAGCAGCUGCAAGCGAACUUGCGUACCACACGGUGCACUGUUCGGCUUUAAAUGCCGAGGAAUUACGAAGAGAGGGUGGUUUAGACGUGUUGUUGGAAGCGUACACGCGAUGCGUGUCGGUUUUAAGCAGAUCGAGUAAAUCCACUGACGUAGCAGUGCAAGUUUGCAUGCAUAUCACCAGAUGUUUCGCUGUUGCCGGAUCGUUUCGAGGAUGCAGAGACAAGAUUAUUGAAUUGCCGCAACUUGUGAAAGAUCUUUGCAGAAUACUGCAUUUUAAGCAUUUAACAAAAUUAUGUGCCGUUGCCACAGAGUGCAUCUCGUCUCUUGCUAUAGAUAGCAUAUUACAAAUGCAGCUAUUACAAUCUGGUGCUUUGUGGGAUCUGUUGCUCUUCAUGUUCAACUAUGAUUACACGCUAGAAGAGGGUGGUGUAGAAAGAAAUCAAGAUGAAAAUCGUCAAGAAGUGGCCAACAACUUGGCUAAAUUGGCAGUUCGCGCUUGUGCUAGAUUAGGUGGUUACAUCAAGGGCGAUAACGAGACUCCCAUUAAUCCUGUUACAGUUGCCGCUUUAGAAAGUUUAUUAACGCCCUAUCUAGCACGUCAGCUUGUUAAAGAUAAACCCGAGGAAAUUUUAAAGAUAUUGAAUUCUAAUUGUUCAAAUCCAUAUUUGAUCUGGGACAACGGUACCAGGGCGGAAUUAAACGAAUAUCUCGAACUGAAACGGCAAGAGAGAUUAAAUAAUAGCGGCAAUUUCGAACAUGACUUUAGCGAUUUCAAGUACACUGCUCAUGCUGACGAAUUGGUAAUUGGUGAAAUAUUCGUGAAAGUAUACAAUGAGCAGCCAACGUAUCCAAUUGAGAAUCCCAAAGGUUUUACGAUAAACUUGCUCGAAUUUCUGUCACUAUCUUCGGAGUACUUAACAUCCUUGGGAAGUAUUACUUCGGUUAAAAAGGACCAAGAGAAAUUGGAGCACAUUGUGAUGGCGCUUAAAGCUCUGAAUAAUGUUAUAAAAAAUAAUCCUGGUAUUGAAUUACAAUGUAUGGGGCACUUUAAAUUGCUGUUUGGACUCUUGAAUUGCAGUAAUUUUAAAUUGAUUCAAAAGAGCGCGCUUGAAGUGAUCAGUAAUGUUACCAAAAAUCAAGAAUGCGUUGACGACAUUGCCGCGAAUGAAGUGGUCGUGCAUUUGUUGUUAUGUUUGCACAGUUUGAAAGAGCAUCAGCUUCUUGCAUUGGAAACUUUGUAUGCACUGAUGAGUUCGACUAAAAUAGUAAAAGAUGCAUUGUCAAAAGGGGCAGUUGUGUACAUUCUUGAUCUCUUUUGCAACUCGAGUAAUAUACAGACGAGGGAAGCAGCAGCCGAAUUACUUGCAAAAAUGUCAUCCGAUAAAUUAGCUGGACCAAAAGUUAAACUUGAUUUAUCGAAAUUUUUACCUCGAUUAUUUAGCGAGGCUAUCCGCGAUGCACCCAAGCAAUGUGUACAUAUGUUUGAAACACAGCACGAAAAUCCUGAAUUGAUAUGGGAUGAUGAUGCAAAAGCUAGAGUAGCAAGAAUUAUUGCAGAAUUGAAAGACGAAUAUCACGCAUUACAGAGACGAAAUCCUAACGCCAUAUUAAAGUUACCCGAUACACAAAAUAAUAUCGAUAUCGCGACGAACGAGCCCGUCGUAGGUGGUGUAUAUCUUCGAUUAUUCAUAGCCAGUCCUGCUUGGGCGCUUAGGAAACCCAAAGAAUUUUUAAGUGAGCUAAUGGACACUACAUUAACAUUAAUGUCCAAGGAAAAGACUGAUACGGAUAUGUUGGAGUUAACAACACAGGCUCUUGUAUGUUUACUCCAAGCGCAGCCCACUUUGGCGGACCAAGUACCAUCUUUGGGUCACAUACCACGACUCUGUCGACAGAUGGCUGCUCAGAACAGUCAGCCGUCAGUGUAUAAAACAGCUAUAUUAAUUCUACAUCAAUUAGCUACAAGCGAAAUUUGUAUCUCGGCUAUAUGCCAAACGGAGUGCAUAAGUCCAUUGAAGCAUGCGAUGCAAUCGAGAAGGGACAUGAUCGCGGUAGCAUGCGAGACACUUAAUAGAUUAUUUUCUACGAAUGAAGAUAGACUUAUCAAGCAAGCAUUGGAUGCUGAAAUGGUACCAUAUCUUUUAAAUAUAUUGGAAGGACGAUUAGAUAUUGUUGAAAAUCCUGCCACGACUAAAGCACAAAUAGUAAAAGCUCUAAAAGCCAUGGCGAAAAGUUUACUUCUUGGUGAAAAAGUUAAUGCCAUUUUGGAGAAGUCGAGCGUAUGGGCAGAAUAUAAGGAUCAGCGGCACGAUCUAUUCAUUUCGAAUAAUACCAGUUCUGGUUAUCUCACAGCUGGAACACCCGUAUCUGCUGGCUACUUGACAGCAGGGCCAAGUACAACUUUAACCACGGGCCCACCACCAGUAGAGAAAGAGGAUAAUUUAAUUAAUAGAAACGAUAGCAUCUGAUAUAGAUAACAUU